AUGGCGCAGCCACACCGCUGCGCACCCUUUUCGCAACGGCUCCUUGCGGACGCCAGUCUUGAGGAUAACCUCCUGUCGCUCCUCCCGGCGUCAAAACGGACAGAUGACGAUGAUCUAGAAUGCCUCACUGCGACACACCAAUCAACCGAUAUCCGGAGAUGGGUGAGCGAGGAGGUUGACGUCGACCGGCUGGACGAUAUCCACGAGUGGCUGUGGGUCGUCGGUCGGCCCAUGCCCCCGCGUCCGCUUCACCACCAGCGCCUCCUCAACCGCGCGAUAGUCGUCACGGAGCGGCCGGACAUGCACCUCGUGUGGACGAGCGACCGUAUCUUUCUCAAACCACUGCCACGCUUUCUCCUUGACGCGAGAUUCUGGGAAGAGUAUUUGUGUCGUCACAAUGUGCCCCAGGCCGACGCAAUGCACGCGCGCGCUCUCGGCUUCCUCUUCUCAUACGCGGCCCUGAUGAUGCAUGAGAGCGACUUCCGCAUUGCGAAGGAGACGCACCUCAUACCCGAGGAGCUGCAGUGGGCGGCAUGGAGGGUUGCCGUCGGGCAGCUGUUGGACGUCUCUUCCAUCUACUCCUGUGUCGACCGACGUUUCCACUACGGCGAGCUCCGCCUCAGCCGGCUGAACAAGAUCUACUUCUUCUGGAAGACACCGCUCCACGGCUACAUGUCUCGCUGGAACCAGUACGACUCGUUCUUCCACGACAACUUCGCGCUGCUGGCCAGCUCGACUAUCUACAUCGCCGUCGUCCUGACGGCGAUGCAGGUCGGGCUUGCGACGGAGGCCCUCCAGAAUAAUGAGGCCUUUCAGUCGGCGUCCUACGGCUUCACCGUGGGCCGCUGGCUGCCGCUGCUCUUGUCGUUACUGAAGUGGAAGAACAUUCUUAUGAGGGCCGCGACACGUUACGUGAAGAUCCAACCGGCGUCAAGCCAUAUACAGCAGCUGAGCUUUGCUACCGUCACCACUGAGCGCCACAACGGUGACUGCUUUUGUGGCCUGUACGGUGCUGAUAAGCUGUCCAACAGAGACGAGACUCCUGACUGCCUGCCGAAGCGGCAAACCCGAGUUGAUCGGAUGCCGCGAGGACAGAAGGGGUUGCAACGUAACAGAGUGACAACCCUGCCGUCGUCGGCCUCAUUGGGCCCCAACCUGCUUCGCAUGCUGUGGCAGGCGCUGCAAUCAGCUCCGACUUGGCCUACCUGGACUCCCGGGUGCCCUCGGGACCGCAUUGCCCGAGGCGGUGCGAAGCUGGAUGUUGCUGAGCGGUCCGUCAUCGACACUCCCAACAUACCACGGAGCUCGUACCGAUUCGUCGCCCCUUUCGUCGCCAGGCUCAAGCCUGGACAGCGCAAUGCACGCGCCGACGGUCUCGAUAUUGUCUACGAUCCAUCAGAGAACCAAACUACACUCAGCCCUCAAUUCGAGAUUGUCGCUGUCCACAGCCUCGGCGCGCAUCCCGAGCACACCUGGGAGGGCAAAUCAAUCUACAAAGUCAAGCCGAAAGUUCACCUCCUUCGAGACCUGCUCCCACGCGCCUUCCCGACCGCAAGAAUUCUGUCCUUUUCGUACAACUCCGACUGGCUAGUGGAUGCGCCCGAGAAAACGGCACAGCAGAUCGGUCAUAGACUGGCGGAGAGACUUGCCAAACGUCGGGGCGAAGCGUUGCGCCUUCCCAUCAUCUUCAUCGGGCACAGCUUCGGCGGUAUCGUCAUCAAACAGAUUGUCAACAGAGAGUCGGCCAGAGGCUUUGCAAAAGAUCCUGUCAGUAUAGACACAGAUCACGCGGGGCUCAACAAGUUCAAUAGUCCAGCUCACCCCGGAUUCAAAGCAAUCAAGACGGUCAUUGAGAAGCUUCGCGCCAAGCCCCUCAUUCAGCAGGCCGACGAUGUCUUGAUCAACAAACACUAUACGAGUGCAAAGCUCAUGAUCAAGCGGCUAUCGGGAGAAGAAUUACCAAUGGAUCAAUGCUACAUCAAUCUCGCCAUCGUGGAGCAGGUCCAAGCGAAGAAGCCCUCGCAAGACGAACAGGAAGCGAAAGACUCUGCGCCAAAGUCAUCGCCAUUCUCGCUCUUUGCGCGACUCAACGUCGAGACAUCAUCAGAUGAAAGUCAAGUCCAGUUGAAAGACCUUUUUAGUCAGCGCAAAAGAACUGACGGGACGGAAAUAUCUCCCAGGAGGGUUUUGAUCCGCGGAUGCGCUGGGGUCGGCAAGACCACCCUAUGCAAGAAGAUUGUGCACGAAUUUGUCGGCGGCGGCAUGUGGCGCGAUCUAUUCGACCGUGUGCUCUGGGUACCUCUGAGGAACUUGAAGGAGCGACCAGCCCCUGGGUACAACCUCGAGAGAUUCUUCUUUGACGAGUUCUUCCGGCUUCAAGGAGACUGUCCAGGCAAACUCUUUGCUAAGGAGACGGAAAAGGGCGUGAAGCACGAUCGAACGUUGUUUAUUCUCGAUGGAUGGGAUGAAGUGAAUCAGAUUGCUACCGCAAACUCUGAUAUGUCCCGUUUUCUAUGCGACGAGCUACUCCGCCAGCCCAACAUGAUCAUCACCUCGCGGCCAUACGCUAGCAUACCUGUUCAGGGCCAGCCAAUUGACCUGGAGCUGGAAACAAUAGGGUUCAACCCAACGCAAGUGGACGAAUACAUCGAGAAAACGCAUGACAAGACGGAUGUGACGAAGGUCGACGAAAUCAAAACUUUCCUGCAACGCCACGAGCUCGUUAGAAGACUUCAACAACAAAGUUGA